AUGGAUAAUGUUUCGUUUACUAUGUUUACUCUGUCAGGGUUAAAUGAUAUAGCAAACUACAGAGUUACUCUCUUUGCUCUCACUUUACUGUGUUACUGUGUGAUUUGGUUGGUAAAUGUGACCAUUAUUGUGACAAUUAUUAUGGACAAAAGCCUUCAUGAACCCAUGUACAUCUUCCUCUGUAAUCUGUGUAUCAAUGGACUUUAUGGGACAGCAGGAUUUUAUCCCAAAUUCCUUGUGGAUCUUCUAUCCACCAUUCAUGUAAUCUCUUAUGCUGGAUGCUUCCUGCAAGGUUUUGUGUUACACUCUUCAGUCUGUGCUGAUUUCUCUCUUCUAGUCCCAUCCUCUCACUAGUGCUAAUUGGCCUACGAAGGACUAUGUGGCUAUAUGUCAGCCCGUCCAUUGCCGUACCACCACCACUCUGCCUGAUGACCUAUCGACAGCAACAAUUUGUCUGGUUGUACUUUUUGCUCUGGCUUACUACCCUUUUUUUGGCUGUUUCAUCCAGGUUCAAUAACAACAUCAACUCCAGGUGUGUGCGCCACACACAUACCGAAAAAUGCUACCUGUAAUAAUUUUUUGAUUGGUAAAACUAGGCUUGUUCUGCCUCCAAUAAGCAAAGUUAUCCUUCUUAUUCCGUUUCAGCUUUUAAUUAUAACCUUUUAUUUUGGAUUUUAUUUUUCAUUAAUUAUGGUCCCUAUGUACUGUCUGAUCAAAAAAUGCAAACUCCAAAGAGAAACAGGAGUAAAAUUUAUGGUAGAAUUUGAAGAUUUAAUUGGUGAAAUUUUUUCUCUGAUCAUGGAAAAUAUUUCUGUUGUAAGAAUUUUCACUCUCUCAGGUUUAAAUGAAACAAUGAAUUACAGAAUCAUUAUCUUUUCACUUACUUUAUUGUAUUAUUGUGUGAUUUUGUUUGUCAAUAUCUCUCUCGUCACGAUUAUUAUCUUAGAUGAAAACCUGCAUGAACCUAUGUACAUCUUAUUGUGCAGUUUUUGCAUUAAUGGACUUUAUGGGACCACAGGUUUCUACCCUAAAUUCCUCUUAGAUCUACUGUCUAAAUCUCAUGAAAUCUCAUAUGAAGGGUGCCUUUUACAGGCUUUUGUCAUGUACUCAUUUGCUUGCUGUGAUUUGUCCAUUCUAGCUGUUAUGGCCUACGACAGAUAUCUGGCUAUAUGUCGACCACUGCACUACCACUCUUUCAUGACUAAGAGGAGGCUCUCUCAGCUGAUAUGUUUCUCCUGGUUAACACCUUUCUGCAUUUUCUUUGUCAGUAUUAUACUAACAUCUACACUGAAGUUAUGUGGUUCAAAAAUAGAGAAACUCUUCUGUGUGACCUGGAUAAUUGUUAAACUGGCUUGCCCGGACACUAACACUGUUCCAAACAAUAUUAUUUCAUAUUCAACAAUAUUCAUAUAUGUGUCUCAUGGGUUGUUCAUAAUGUGGACUUACAUCCAUCUUGUUAUAACUAGUGUGAGGUCCAAAGAAGACAGGGUGAAGUUUAUGCAGACAUGUGUGCCCCAUUUAGUCUCUUUAUCCACAUUUCUUGUUGUAAUAGUUUUUGAUUUGAUGUACAUGCGAUUUGGUUCCACAGAUUUACCUCAAAGUAUUCAAAACUUAAUCGCUAUAGAAUUUAUGCUUAUUCCUCCUGUUAUGAAUCCUCUAAUAUACGGAUUUAAACUGACCAAAAUACGAAAUAGAGUUUUAGGUUUAAUCUAUGUUGACAGAAAAUGA